AUGAUAUUCCUCACAAAAGGCGAUUUUCCAUCGGCUGGAAGACUACUCUCUAGUAGAGACGACCUCGACAUACCAUCCACCUUUUCAUCGCCAGAGGAGCAGAACAACCCUACUAGUAACCAAUACCGGUACCUUGUCGUUGGUAUCAUCCCGGCCAUUUUCAUAGAUGAAGAUCUACCAGUGGAGAAAUCCAGCAGCCACCAGAUGCUUGGAAUAAAUGCUCUACACUCAACGAUAGUCUCUUCAGACGACGAACUCUGCCAUGGAUACCCCAGGCCAGAAUUCAUCGAGACCAAAAUUUCCGCCUUGAUCCGACCAUUUUUGGGUCCAGCGACUUUAAUCCCACUGGCUAAGAAUUGGGCAACAGGCAAGCGUCAGAACAACGCUGAUGGCGAAGAUAUAGUAAUAGAUGACAAUCAUGAGGAAGGGGAAAUGAAGAUAAUCAAUGUUGGGCAUUGUCACAGACACGGGAGAGACGCUGUCUCUAUCAGGAUCUUGGUUAAGAGCCAAACCAACACGUCCAAUCGAUCUAAGCGGGCCAAAAGAUUGUCUGAUUUAUCCAGGACGUGCAGUCAUUCUUUGGCACAUAGAUUUGCUUCCAUGAUAGAUGCAGUAAGAUAGCUUAGAGGUCUCUCAAAGGACGAUCCUUGUUCAGGCAAAGGGUCCAAAUUAAAACCACCCCUAUUAAGCGGACCGUAGAUUCUUACCCUCCCGGGCAUACCAAUCCGGGAAUUUCUGCUUUCUCAGUUCAUACCAUUUGUAUCGAUUCCACAGGAUACAAUUCUGAUGGUUCGGAAGUGGCAGACCGAGUAUACUGACAAUAUAGUCAG